AUGGGUUCAGUGAUUUCUCCGCGAGAAAACGCUCACGAGUUGUUGGCCGAUCCAGUUCGCCGGAAGCUCUACGACAACUUCGGCAUCCAGGACUCUGCCUUUGCUCGAGAGGCCGAUGUGGACGAGGACUGCAUGGGCGCCAAUGACUUUGCAGACUUGGAGGAGAUGCUGAACCACUUGAACGAGAUGUUCCAAGGUGGACCAGGGCCCGGGCCUGUCCAGCCGGCAGAAGAGAGGGACCUCUGGGACGUUUGGGAGGGGCUCCUCGGCUUCACGCUGCUGAGCCUUGGCGCUGGGGCACUAGCAGGACUGGCCUGGUUCACUCGGAGACCGCCGCUGUCGCUGUGGCUGAACUGGUGCUGGUGGAGGUGUCGCUUCCUGCUCUUUGACUUCGGGUUUGGGUAG